AUGGACACUACCAUGACGUCUCGAGGCCUGGACUACUAUCCCGAGUCACCCACUGCCCAUGCGGGCGACUUUGCCAUGCAGAAAUACCUACUCCUGCAGAGCCAACACGAGGAGCUGCGACAACACAUGCACGAACUGUGCCCCACGUAUUCGUGUUCAUCUUCGACGACGGUCACGUCGCCGUCGCUCUCGCCAACGCGAUCCUUCACAAUGAGCCCCUCGUCAAGCAGUCACACGUCGCCGUCGCGCAACCACCGCAGAUCGUCGGCGUCGCAACGCGGAGGACCGCGGACGUCGCCAAGCUCUCUGGAGCCGGUGCUGGACGAGGAGCUGGUGGGCGUCAUGGCGGCUGACGAGCUGAAGCUGUGUGACGUCAACGAGGGGAUCAAGCGGGCCUUGACGGAGCUUCUGAACAGCGACGCUGUGCGCAGGGACCGCACCAUGAGGACGUGGGUCCAGACAAGGCUGAUGGAUACGGAGCGCGAGCUCAGGACGGGGAGGCGCAGAAGGAGUAAUGGAAGCGCCGACUAG